AUGUACCAGCGCAACUACACACUGGCCAUUGCAAACUACACCACUAUUCUCAACGGUGAAGUCCUCUCAAUGUUCGACACAGAAAAGAAGUCAUACCAACCCACACACCUUGCUGUUUUGUUUGAAGUGAUGAAGCGAGUGAGGCCGAAGAUAGCCUUCUCCGAUGUGCUGAGUUGUGUGUACCGCUGGCUCCUCUCCUACGCCAUGGUCGUGCAAG